ACAAAAGUGAGGUGUCCUGUCUGCUCUGUAGUGGAGUUAUUACUUACUGUGUCUAAUUCUAACCAGUCAGAAAGAUGUCGGUGGUUAGUGGCGCUUUGAGUCGAAAUGUUUUGGCUAUUAGGAAUUCUGGCAUGAUGGUGUUGGUGCGGCAUGCUCAGACGGCUGCUGCCCCGGCUCCUGAACCCAGGAUCAAGAAGUUCCAGAUUUACCGCUGGGACCCAGACACCGCCGGAGAUAAACCACGAAUGCAGACAUACGAAAUUGAUCUCAACUCAUGUGGUCCGAUGGUUCUGGAUGCCCUCAUUAAGAUCAAGAAUGAAAUUGACCCCACACUCACAUUCAGACGCUCCUGUCGUGAAGGUAUCUGCGGCUCAUGUGCCAUGAACAUAAAUGGAGGCAACACGCUGGCAUGCCUUAACAAAAUCGACAGCAACACGAGCAAACCGACCAAAAUCUACCCACUACCACACAUGUAUGUGGUCAAAGAUCUGGUGCCUGAUAUGAGCAACUUCUAUGCACAGUAUAAAUCCAUUGAGCCCUACCUGAAAAAGAAGGAUGAAAGUCAAGAGGGGAAGGAGCAGUAUUUCCAGACGGUGGAGGACCGGCAAAAACUGGACGGCCUCUACGAGUGCAUCCUCUGUGCGUGCUGCAGCACCAGCUGUCCAAGCUACUGGUGGAACGGAGACAAAUAUUUGGGACCUGCUGUCCUAAUGCAGGCAUACCGGUGGAUGAUUGACUCCCGUGAUGAAUUCACAGAGGAACGCUUGUCUAAACUUCAGGACCCCUUCUCUCUCUAUCGCUGCCACACUAUCAUGAACUGCACUAAGACGUGUCCCAAGGGACUCAACCCAGGGAAGGCCAUUGCAGAGAUCAAGAAAAUGAUGGCAACCUAUAAAGAGAAGAAAGCUGCAGCUUCAUGAAGUUAUGACCAUCCAGAUGGCUCAAGAUCUACAAAAAAAAACACCUCAAACUAAGUUAUGAGAAGGAGCAAACCAAGAACUGUCACUACAUCUGCACGUUUUUAUAAUUUUCAUGAGGGUGUGGAUGUGCAAGGGAUAUUUUGAGGGACAGGAAGUAAGGAAAUCCUGUUUGAACUGUUAGGCAAAUAUUUAUUUCAAUGGUCAUGCAACAUAUUGGAUCAUACUUUUGCUAUUUGUCUGCAAACUGAAAAUACUCAGUGUAUCUACUCUUUGGGAAAAGCUCAUUAAAUUAUGCUCAGACUGUAAAUAUUUAAAUAUGUGUUCAUUAAAGAUGUGCUUGAAUCAUUGGAGUGAAAUAAAUGUUUCUGGAUUGGGGAAGAACAAAUCACCCCUUUGUUGAUUGUCUUUGCAACUUACAUUGCAAUAAACAAUACUGAAGCAUA